AUGGCAGCUCUUUUCAAUGCAGGCCUUCUGGCCCUCAAUGCAACUGUCAACGCAAUAAUGCGAGGUGUCGUAUGGGAAGGUAAUCCCUUUAACAUCGUAGUCAAAGAUGUGCCUGUCCCAGUGAUCAUAAACCAAACCGAUGUCAUCGUCCGUCUUACAACGGUCGGUAUCUGCGGUUCCGACUUCAUUUCUAUCACGGUUUAUUCAGCGUACCUGGUUCUCAGAUCCCAUGGACGAUGGGCCAUGAAGGUGCGGGAAUAGUGGUUGAGACUGGGAGUGCCGUAGGUGGGGUAAAGGUCGGGGAUCGAGUGAUAAUUCCUGAUACUGCGGAUGAUGGACAUGUUCAUGGAGGACUAUCACCUCCGAAUGGAAUGCUUUUUGGGAAUGGGCAAGUUUUGGGUGGUACUCAAGGUUUGUGAUGGCAAUUGAUACACCCAAGAUACUUUGAACAAUUGAACUGAUGAAAAUACACAGCUAAAUACGCCAGGGUACCUUUUGCCGAUGCAAAUCCCUUACCCAUUCCUCAGUCUCCCUCUGUGGGCAAUUCAUCCGCAAACAAUGACCUGGACUGGCUCAUGAUCUCAGACAUCUUCGCCACCGCCUGGGGAGGACUCGAUUAUGCUGGAUUUCAAUCCGGAGACUCGGUUGCGAUUUUUGGUGCCAGACCCGUUGGUAUAUUGACCGCAUACUCUGCCUUCCUACGCGGUGCCACUCAUGUCUAUGUCGUUGACUCUGUACCUUCUAGUCUCUCGCUUGCGGCUUCCGUAGGAGCAGUCCCCAUUAGCUUCAGCGAGUCGGACCCUGUGGCGCAAACCAUGGCACUUGAACCUAAUUGGGUCAAGCGCACAAUCGAUUGUGUUGGUUUCAAAGCAGUCAAUGCUGAGAUGAAGACUACCCAGAAUAUUGUGAUGAAUAACAUGGUUGCUUUGACUACUCGGCUAGGUGGAAUGUGUGGUGUUGGUGUUUGGCCCUCCUCAGCUGAGAAGAAUGCUGCUGCUCCUCUUGCUGAUACCAUUAGCGCGGCUAUGGACUUCAACUAUGGGGAGUUCUGGGGAAAAGGUUUGUCUUUGAGGGCUGGUGGUAUUGAUGUCGUUCCUUAUUUGGGAACGCUCGUAGAGAUGGUGGCAUCUGGCAAAGCGAAGCCUGGGUUUGUUGUUUCGAGUGUAAUUGGGAUUGAGGAUGCGCUAGAUGGUUAUGCGAAGUUUUCGAGACAUGAGGAACAGAAGGUUGUUAUCCGGUUCCCAUGGAUAUAA